AGUUACCAAGGGUGGCUGCCUUUGUAAUGAAAUUGGUCUCAAGCUCACAAGCUCUGUUGAAGUAAGUUAUUGACAGAAAGGAAGUCUGAAUGAAAUUAAUGUAAUGAUGUUCCCAGGAAAUAGUUAAAGUGGCUCCGUUAUUAUUACAGGCCCAGUUUCCGCAAAGUUUCGUAGCCAUCGCUUUACAACCAAGAAGGGUAUACGACAAAGUUAGUUUUAGAUCACAACCCCGGCAAUUACGACGAAAGCAUCUUGAAGAAUGGCUUUAUGGCAGACUUAGCCCAGUUUCGUUUAAUUCCGCCUAAAGGGAAAAAAUAAUAGUAAGAUAAAAUGAAUGAAAUAAAAAACGGGGGUGGGGAGGAGGAAGUAGGGAAUGAAAAAUUCCAAAUACCAAGUGUAAGAUGGCGAGGCGAGGCGAAUAUUUUGCGAGUUUCUCCGGAAAAGGAAUAUAAAAAACACAGUCUGCUGCCUGGCCGCCGUGACAUUUAUGAUUAUAAUGAAGGCUCCAGGCUGCUCAGAGGUUCCCCCUGACAAAUUUAGCAAAGUAUCUUUAAUCAUUUAAUGUAAGUUGUUUCUAUCUUGUUUUAUUUACAGGUCUUUCAUGUUGGAGUUGAAGCAGCAGGUGUUAUCUGGUGCAACUAGCGAAUCCACUGACACGCAAACCUCGGUUUUGUUUCUACUAUCAGCUCUACAAGGUUUGUUUACACUUGUAGUAAACUUUCUUUCUAAUUUUAUCAAUUUUGCGUUAAAAGUAGGACGCAAGUCUUGUCGUUAUAGCCAACAAAGCAAAAGGUUUGAUGAACAAAAGAGCAACUCUGUACGUGCAUCACGCUUUUUGGUACAGUUUUUUUUUCUUCAAGUCACUGCACGAGAACGUGAAAGCCUGCAAUGUGAGUUUUCCUGAUUUCAGCUUUAAUCGUGGUCGUAAACCGACGAUCUCCUCUUAAAUUCGUUUCUCUCCGUUUAUUUUUUUCUGACGUUGGAUUUACCCCCGAAAAACUCAUUUUCAUUUGACCGAUUGAAAAAAUGGAAUAACAGCGAUGAGGUUUGAAAUAGCGCAAGCCCAUUUUAUCAGUGACAAUUUCGCUGCUGUUGCAGCCGUGGUUACGUGUUUUUUGUUUUGUUUUGUUUUUUUUUUUGUGAAGUAGUUUUGUGGUUGUUUUGAAAAUCAUUAUCAUGAGAAUUUUUGCUGAUAGAUUGUUUGUUCCCGAGCUUUCGCUCGUGCUUAAGGUUUUGGUAUGUUUAGGUUUGAACAUCAAGGUUUAUUACCUUUCUAAUACAUAAGUGUCAUAAGUGUCAUUUAUCUUUGGGGUUUAAUUAAGUUUGAUUAUCAGUCUUUGAGGUGGGUUCGUUUUAGGACGAUAGCUGGACUCGAUUGUUACCUACAUCGGAGUUCCUGUUUGGGUUUAAAGUAGAGCCUCGUGGGUUUAGUUGCCAAGCUUUUAUUGAUUUCCUAGUUCUUGAAUUUUUCAAUCUUGGAUUAUGAGUUUUUUUUAUCAACAGGAAGUGCGCAUAAGUCACCAAGAAGGGCUUUCGUAACUCUCAUGGUCAGCAAGCCUGAACGUUCCUACGUUUUACUUAUAUAAGUUGCCAGUAUUUGGUACACUCAGAUUACUGUUAGUUGUUGAGCUGUAGUAGUUGGUGUAGCUGACGGACACUAAAAAGAGGAAAAACACCCAAGCUUUGUUAAGAGUCCUGGUAUCUUCUUGCUAGCGAGCUUAGCCCGUCACAGAACUCCCUUACAUUUUUCCACACCUGAAACAUUCAUUCCCGAGGAAUCAUCAAACCGCUCCAGACUGUCACCACAUCCAUCCGAUGAUUCCAACUUCUGGGACGGUAGCUUUAUGUACCAGUGGCGUGUUUAGUUUUUCUACGUUGGCGGUGUACAAUUUUCCAUGUGGUGUCAGCAUUAUUGGUAUGAGGCUAACGUGGCCACUUGUCCUGAGCGUCUUGUGGUGUCACUGCCUUUGUUUUCAACUUCCACGAUUUGUUAUGUUCAGUCGGACACGAGUUCAGAAGACUUAACUCCAUUACAGUUUUAUCACGAAUCUCUAACCAUCUAUCCUCCUGUUGAAAUUAACCGCAUCUUGAUUAAUAACUGAACCUCGCGCCACAACCGCCUUUAUACAUUGUUUUAAGUUCCUCAGCGUGGGCUGUAAAGCAAUCUAUACAAACUAAAUGGUCUUAAGGAAGCACAGCCCAAUCAAAUAUCACCCAUGCCUUCAUUUUGUAGCACUUAACCCUUUAAGCCCUAAGAGUGAUCAGCGUCAAAUUUCUCCUUGUAGUAUCAGUUCUUUAUAAAACACAGUGGUCAUCAGAAUUGAGGACCUGAUCACACAAGAUGAAUCUAAUUUAUACUUCAACAAAUUCUCCCCACUACUUCUAUUGAAAACAAAUAGGGACAAAAAUGAGAAUUUGAAUUUUGAUAUUAGGGUUUAAAGGGUUAAUGAUAGCCUGACAACUUUAAGGAAAACAACACCUCCAAGAACUGGUUUUCCCGAAACGAAAGACAAUAAUUUAGCGGACAAGUACAAUGAAAUAUUUCGGAUAGAACACGCUCGUUCACCGUGAAAUAACAUCAAAUCUGAAUAAAGUCAACGACGUUGUCGACCCCCCAAAUCAAACUACGACCAACUCCAGAAAACAAACCUAUGAACAGGUCAAUUGACUGCCACGAGACAGGGGGUAUUUGCCUUGGGAAACAGCACUAUCAUUUUGAUGCUUUAACGAUACAAAAAGCCCGCUAACUGCAGCUAACUGGAUAGAAUCAACCUCGUCUAAGAAUCUUGAAAAAUUAAUUAGAGGUAAUAGGAUUAUGUAAUGCAUCAUUAAACUGCGCCAAUAUUUAGCAAAGUUCAGUUCAUUGAUGAAGACAGAGUUCCAAAAGAGUUCUCAGUGUUCUGUUGUUGCAACCUUCUAUUCUGGUGGCGCACUUUUUGCUGACUUCAGACGGUGAUCUUUUCUUUCUGGCUUCGCACAAUGAUCCCAGGCUCUAUGGUGACGGUUUGAAGGGAUACGGGUUCUGGUAGUGGCUCUUGAGGGCUGUUGAAGGACCGGCGGACAGAAUAUCUGAAUACACAGCGACAAAGAAUACAGAACACGAUGAAAUAUGUAAGAGAAAUGCCAAGGGCGGUGAAAGCAGUAUACUUAACGUACGAAGAGUGAAACGUUUCCUCAAUCUGAUCAGUGAGACUAUCUGCCUUUUGCCUUGCGGCGCUAAGCGGAUUAUCGUAGAGUUGAAACUUUUCUUCGCGGUUAUUAAUCAAUAACAAAAAAUGUAAGGGAGUUCUGUGACAGGGUUAGCUCGCUAGCAACAGGAUACCAGGGGUACUUACCAUUUACCUGGGAAAACCGGAAAUUCCGGUUGGAAAAUUACUGUCGGUUGCAUCAAAGCGUGUAACCGUGAGGAAAAAACAUGUUCUAAUUGGGUGCAAAAGUGACAUGUUUUGGCGCCAAACGUUCGAAGCUUGGAGUAGGCGGCUGUUGUCGACUUGAUUUGUUUUUGCUCAACAAAAUCAGUCCUUGCAAGAUUUUUAGACGUUAAGAAUAGUUUUUGGAGGCAAGUGUACUGUUUCUGAGCGAAAAAUGUGACUGAAAGUUGUGAAAAAUGAAAUUUAAGCGGAACGCGCUGAUCAAAAACAAAUAAGCAACUUACCUUUGGCGUGACAGUUUGCUUUAACGGCUGUCAAAGUUCAAAUGUGUGCGACAAAACACGUCAUGUCUGGCACCCUAUUACAACAUUUUUUUGUCUCGUGUCCACACUUAGAUGCAACCGACGGUAAAUGGUUCUCGCCACUCCGUCUGGGGAGUUUCUGAAAAUAUGGGCUGUGAUUUGAGGCUAUGCAAUUCCUUUCUACCCGUUUUAGUCUGUUCAACUGAUUUGGUUCUUCCUCGUAACGGUUCAUUCUCCCACUAAGUCAAAUUUAAAAUGUUUUGUGUUCAUGCACAAGAUUUCGACCCGGGUGGUUUGUGUAAGUAAGAAGCACCCCAGGACUCUUAACAAAGCUUGGAUCUUUUUCUUCUUUUAAUGUCCGUCAGCUACACCAGCUACUACAGCUCACAACUAACAGUAAUCUGUGUCAAAUACUGGCAACUUAUUUGAGUAAAACGUAGGUUCGUUCAGGCUUGCUAACCAUGAGAGUUACAAACGCUCUUCUUAGUGACUUAUGCGAACUUCCUGUUGAUCACAAAAGUGGGUCAAAACAAACUUAUAAGACUAAACAAUUCAAGAACUAGGAAACCAAAAAAACUUGACAGCUAAACCAACGGGGCUCUACCUUAGACCCAAACAGGAACUCCAAUGUAGGUGACAAUCAGGGUCAGCUAUCGUCCCAAAACGAAACCACUCAAAGACUGACAAUCAAAUUUAAUUAAACCUCAAGAUAAAUGACACUUUUGUCGACAACCCAUAAGAAAGAUAAUAACACUCAAAAUGGAUUAUAUGGAUUAACCUUGAUCAUCAAACCUGAACAUAAGGAAACUACUAGAAGCAACUUCAACCACUCGUCUGACGUUACAUAUGUGUCACGGAUUGGGCUUAUGGAAUCCAGAAUCCUGGGUUUUGGAAUCUGGAAUACAGCUCAAGGAAUCCGGAAUCCCACUAACGAUUGGUAUCCAGAAUCCAAGUGCCACUGACAAAUACUGGAAUCCAGUACCUAGAAUCCGGAAUCCAUGGCGUGGAAUCCAGAAUCCAGGACUGUCUUGGAUUCCCUUACAUGGGGCGAUUUAUAAACUCUAACUUAAUUAUCUUUUUCCAGUUUAAGUUUAGUAUGACUAUUCUAUGUACUUUAAGGCAAUCAAUAGUUACCGCACACAGGCUCCUUAAGAAUUUUUCUCCUCGUUUCUUAUCUAAUCUCUAAGCAACCUCGAGUUAACACUUUAAAAGUGUCUUGUUAACAUUUCUGUAUCUUGGUUACAUUCUUUCCUGUUUCAUAGGAACUGUUGAUACAAGUACAAUAAAGGCAUGCGCUGUUCACAUCAAUGAGAAUUUGAAGGCAUUAAAAGAGAAAAACAGCUCUGAUUUUAGGUUUGUAUAAGCAUUGUAGCUUCAUAGAUUGUUGAAUCGGCAGUCUCGGCAUUGUGAAACUCGUUGCUUUGAAAUUGCGUCCGGCAAUAAAAAAAAUAAUAAUACUUUGUGUGUCAGUGUAUUUAGCACGAAAGUACUAAUUGAGGACACUAUUUUUACGUCUCCAACUGGACACAGGACCCCCAUUUUACGUGGUCAUCCGAACGACGCGAAGGUCUAACCGCUUGCAGUGCAAAAGGAGUACCUUCAUUUCUCAGAUACUUUAAGACCGUCCUGAGUAUUGGUGCAGCCGCAGAAAUCGAUCCCGCAACAUCGCGCUCUACAGUCGAACGCUCCACUAAGGGCAGGGUGGGGGACCCCAGGUAGGUGAGGUAACCCGCCUAUCCAUAUAAUCACUCAUUUCAAUUUGAUCACGUUUACAUGAUAGGUGGGGUGACCCGCCACAUGUUACCUCACCCAUCUGGGGUCCCCCACCUCAGUGUAAACACGCCCUAAGCUAAUCCUGCUGAGGUUUUAAAUAUAUGAUAUGUUCGCCUUUGGCAAAUUCAAAGGAGGAUAAAUGAAUUGAUUUUUCAGGAUCGAUCUUUACUCUUAAGGCCACUUAAAGUUAAGGCUACUCCGUCGCGCGAAUCUGAUUUUGUUGCAUUUCUUCGUCUUUAAUAUUAAAUGAUUUACAUGUAGUAUUACUUUUCCCUUUACAGCCAGGAGGUUGAAGAUGCUAGAUUGGCCGCUCAGUGCUUACUCUCCAAGUUGCAAGUUGUGUCUUGA